AUGGACGGAAAGAUGGCCCUGAGGCGGUCAUCCAGAUUAAGUCAAAAUGUGGAACUGGGCAAAAGUGUGAGCUACGCCCUGAUUGAAAAAACGGACGACGAGGAUGAAAUGCCAGGUAAUAAAGUGGUGAAGAGGGGAAAGAAGAAGGAUGUGAAGGAUGUAAGCGAGGGAGUAACAAGUACUGAUGGUGAAAACACUACUGAGGACAGUGACUACACAAUAAGUCAGAAUGAAAAGCAGGGGCACUCCGGACAGGAGGAAGAAGAUAGUGAGGAUCAACAAGAUGAUACAAGUGAUAAUUCCACCGCCGGUAAAAGGAACAAAGGGAAAAAUUAUCGCAGAAGUAGGAACCAACCAAACAGACGCAAAAGCAUUCGUAACAGCAGGGACAGUGACGAAUCAUCAUCCGUGGGAACCAAAAGGAAAAAAGGCAAGACUGGAAAAAAGGGGAAAUCUAGGAAACAAAGCAAAAGGGCAAGUACCGAGCAGAGUGUCGUUCUGCACGAAGAAAACUCCAACGAGGAAGGAAGCAAUUCCUUAGAUGAUAACUCCAACAAUGUGAACAAAAGCAACAAACAGAAUAAGCCAAAGGGAAAAAGCUACAUAGAAAGACUGCAGGAAGAUGUGGACGACGACGAUUUUGAUAUUUUUAAGAAGAACAGCAAAUUUGACAAAAAUAAAAGAAUUUCCACCAUCAACAAGGGUAACAGCGCGUUAGACAUGAAGUCGAAGAAGAGGAAAAGCAUUUACGUGGAGUCGAGUGACAGUGAAGAUUCAAGCGGAAGCGAUUAUGAGUACACUACUGAAAAAACGAGACCUACGAAAAAAUUAAAAAACAACAACAUGAGUAACAACCCCAGUAAGAACAUCGGUAACGGUAACAAUAAGGAACAAAGGGGGUUAAACAACAUGAACAAGAAUGCUCAUAAAAAUUUUGAUGACUUUAAUAUGUACGAAAAAAUUAAAAAAGGCCCCAAAAAUUUACACGAAAUUAUAGAAGAAAUUUAUUACUACUUGUUUAAUAGAGAAAAUAACGAAAUGGUUAAGAUUUCCACUUUUUUUUUAAAUUUUCUGGCUGAAUGUUCAGGCAAUGAAACGCUUACGUGGACAGUUGACAUAAUUGAUUAUAUAGACAAGCAAGUAUACCUGUACGAAGAAAUUGGAAAUAACGCAAUUGACCGUCCACCAACUGCUUCGAACAGGCCUGGACGCGCUCCCACCUCCAUAACCGAAAUUAUCACCCCGUCAACAGCGCAAUCAGGUAGUAAAAUCACCAACAUAGAUGAAAUAAUAAAAGACGAAAUGAACUUUGAGAAGAUAUGCACAUUUAAAUGUAAAAAAUUGGAACAAUAUUUAUCUUCCGAUCUUGACAAUGACGUUUUGAUAAAAAAGAAAAAUGAAAAUAAUAAAUCUUAUAAAUCCUUUACAAGUUUCUUCUCCGAUUUUGCUUACCAUUUUGACGAAAGUUACAUGCAUGAGGUAUUGUAUGUGUGCAUAUGGAUAUUCUCCCUCAGCAUAAGCAAGUAUAGGAAGAUACGAUUUACUGCUUCUUUAGCUAGUCACUCUAUAUUACUAGGACUAUGUAAAAAAAUUAACUAUAUUAACAAUCAUGAAAAGCAGGCGAGGAAACAGCUACUGGCGGAGUACACCCGGGAGAGGGAAAAUACCAACAAAGGGAAUGGUCUGCGGAGAGGUAGCACCAUUGGCAGGAGCAGCAGGAACAGUGCUCAUACCUCGAACACGGAGAAUGAAAAAUGGGAAGACGCUGAUAUUGAAGAACUCAUCCAGUACACCAAAAAGAGAGACAACGGAGAAAUCCGAACCAUUGUGGAAAGAAAUUUAAUCAUCAGCCAACUUAUUGAUAACAUAAACGAGGACAGAAAGAAUUUAACCAUUUUGAAUAACUUCCUUCUCUGUACAUAUAAUAUAAUAUACAAGAACAAGAUAAAAGAUGUAUUUUCCGAUAUCAGGGCAAUAACCCUGGAGUACUUCCUCCACUAUGUGCAGGUAUUAAGUAGCUAUUUUACCAACAGAAAGUAUACCAAGCUGCUCAUUUGGAUUUUGUACGAUAAAGAUAGCAAAGUUAAGAUGUGCGCACUGGAUAUUUUAAUAUAUCUUUGCACUUUGUACAACACGAAUGGAAACUUCAAAAUUGUGGAGCUGCUCUACAUGUGUAAAAAAAAAUUACUGAAUUUUAUUUUCGAUGAUGAUUACAAUGUUCGAGUGAAGACAUUUGAGUUGAUUCUCCAGAUGAGCAAAAUGAAAAUUAGGAAGGACGAAUUUAUAGAUUUUAAAAAAAAGACCAAGAAUAACACUAUGGCGAUUACCAAUAAGAAAGAUGAAAAAACAUCUGAUGUCUCCUCUCAGUAUGAAAGCGAUGAAUACGAAGAGAAUGACAUGACUUCCGAUGUGGAUAUGCCUGGAAAUAAUGAGCUAUCCAUUGUACUGGAUGACAAACAGAAAAAGAAAAAAAGCACAACAAAUGACAUGAUUAGUAUCCUCUCAAAGAAGGAAAAGAAAAUUGUUAGCAACCUAAUAUGGUUUAACAAUAAUAAUAAAAUAUCCAAGAUGAUCACAUCCCUUAUAUACGAAUCGCAAAUAAAAAAUAAAAUAAAAAUGUGCGACCAGAAGAGGAACAACUAUUUUGAUGUAGAACAAAAUGACGCCAAUUGUGAAAUUGUAAAAUAUAAUCUUAUAUUUUUAACAAAAUAUCUAAACAGAAAUAUUCCGACUGUUAAAAAUUUUGUUCAUUAUUUUGAUUACCUGGCCAAUUACAAUGAGAAUAUGAAGUUGUACACUGUGAUUGACAGAUUUGUUAGCGGCAUUAGGGAAAUGCUAGAUGCGGUGAACUGCAUCGAUGUGAUGAUUGAACUACUGUGCAAAGAUGACAUUGCUCUGGAGACCCAUUGGGGCGGAACAGUCGAAACCGUCAGGGAUAAGAUCGACCUGGAAAAAAGUGGCAGUGGGGAUAGCAAGAUGACCGAGGAAGGCCCGAAGAGAGGGAACCAAAAGGGAAAAGGGAACAACAAGGUCAUGGACAAAUCGAAGGAAAAGGGUGAAAGUGAAAAGGAACGUGGAUGUGAAAGUAGCAAUGGUGAGGAAAACGAACUCGAGGUGGAGGCAGGAGGAGUCAGCGAAAAGCGAGACCUGAGGAAAUGCCUCCUAUACAUCUGCGAAUCAGCGUACAGAAAUUUCCAAAACGAUAUAAACGAAAUGGAGAGAAACAAAAAUAGGAAGAGUCUGCCUCAAGUUAGUGACAUGAACGUAGGAGAUAAGAACAGCAUGCACAACGCGAAACUAAAUAGAGAUAUGGGCAAAAUUAAAAAGAUGAUCAUUUACACAUUCGGAAUAAUCAAGCACAGUAAGCUCCUGAUAAAAUUGCACCAAACGAAUCAAGAACAUUUGUUACUAGUUUUUAAAAUUCUGAAGGUGGCAAUACAAGAGUGCAAACACAUAUAUAGAAAUGGAGAAAAAAACAAUAUAUACAAUUUCGCAUCCACGAUAAUGGAAUAUUUUAAAAACGACAUUGACAGCAACAUCAAUUUUUUCUUCAACAACGUUUUUGUACAUUUAAAGGACACCUACGAGUACCUCUACUACGUGAUAAAAAAUUUGAAGCUACCAUACUAUUCUGCUAAAUGUACCAUGAAUAUGAUUUCCCUCUUUCUGUCGUUGAACGAUCUCCUUAAGGGGGAAUGUGGUCCUAGCAGCGGAGGAGGUGACAACCAGAAGUUAUCCACUGAUAUAUUCUUCGACCUUUACUACUCCUACUUUAACAACUUCCUAGACGCCUUUUUAUACUACCGCAAGAACUACAACGCGGAAAUUGAGUGCGAAGAGGAAGAGGAGUAUAUACGAAAUGGACGUAAUAAAGUUGUCAUCGUUAAUGAGAUGUUAAUGAACAAAGACAGAAAUGUUGUGGAUUCGAUAGAAAACGACUUAGUCUGCAAUCUUACAAAUUUAAUCCAUAUGUAUACUCUUUGUUUUAGCUACAUAAAUAAUGAUUUGUCUAGCUAUGUGGAAAAAAAAAAUGACCUCAAGAAGAUUAAUAAGAGCAUUAAGAAGGUUAUCGAGAAGGACUACUUUCAAUUUAUUGUAAAUGAAAAGUGUCAAGCGUACUUCAAGGAGAAUAUUUUCGUGAACGAAUUUUUGGAUGGUCACGUUCUGCACUACGGCAGUGAGCAUUCCUCUCAGGGCUACCAUACCGGCGACGAGGAUGGCAACGAAGAUGACGACGAAGAAAACGACGGCAACGAUGAUGAGGAGGAUGACGUGGAAGACAGCGAACCGCAGAGUGACCAGCGGGAUGAGGAGUACACCACUGGAGCUGCGAACCGAAAGAGGAACAAAAAGACCAAAGGAAAAAAAGGCAAAAAUAAUAAAAGGAACGCGGAAAAAAACGUGUACGAAAACUAUAUGAGCCGAAGAGGAAGUGUCAACAGUCAGAAGAUAAAUAAUAAAGCGGCAUUUGAUAAAGACGAACAUUUCCAUCAGGGACAAAAUUUUUACAACCUAUACUACAGUUCCGACGCCUGCAUGCAUGCAAAUGUAGUCAUACAGCUGUGUUUCUACAUAAUAAAAUCGAAAAUCAAUUCAGUGUACUACUAUGAAGAGGAAAAUAGCACCCCGAAAACACCUUCAUCCAGGCUGCUCCUACUAUGCAUAGACCUCAUAUACGUCAUAUAUGAAAAUUACAUAUACUACCUAUGCAGGAAGAGAUACUUUUUCAACUAUCUAUAUAGUAAAUUUUUUUUGAAAAACGAUUCCCCUCUUGGAGAAGAAGUAGGGGGAAGUAAAAACGUAAAAAAGGAAAUGAGCGAAAAAAAUAACCAAAGUAGGACAAGCGGGGCCAAUGAUAAAGAACUAAGUGCCGAAGAAAAAGAAUCGAAAGGGGAAAACAAAAAUGAUAGUCCUAGCAGCAAUAUUAAUAUGGAGGAUUUAAAAAAUUUGCUUACUCUUAGUGAGAAAAAAAGAAAUAUUUUAAAAAACAUAUUCGUGGAACUGAAUUAUAUAUACAACAAUUUGCUAACCCUGAGAGACGACUUAAAUGAUAUCUUGGUGUACCUAAUCAAGGCAUCUAACAAUACCAUCCUGAAAUAUGGCACGUUCUUAAAUCUGAUGAACGUGGCGCAACUCGAAAAUGUGCUCCUCUACUCUGUGGACGACAUGAGAAAGUACAAGACAUUGGAGGUCUUUAUAAAUGCGUGUUGCAAGGAGGAAGGGCAGGUGGACCAGAGUGAUGGUGUGGCUAAUCUACAGCAGUUGCUAAGCUUGGAGGGAAGCGGCAAGACCGGGGAUGCAACUGAUUACACAGCCGAGAGGGACAGCUCAGCGCAGAAGAUGGACGAACUGGUGCAAGUCUACCUGGAUGCGGAUGAACAGAUGAACAAAUAUAAAAGCGUGGCGAGGUAUGUGUACAAGGAAGAUAACGUGUUGUUUAAUUUCGUAACGGAGUUAUUCAAAAACGUGGAAAAUAUAAACAACGACAAUUACAAUUUUGUUAACUCUUUCCUGUCCAUCGACAUAGGUGUGUUUUUUCCUAUAAAUACAUAUACCUACAUUGCUGAUAUGUGUAAAAUAUACAAUAAGGACCAGCUCAGCACGGAUGAUAAAAUUUUGGAAAUGCAGUAUACUCACAUGACGCUAAUAAUAGCUCAGUUUAUUUUACAUUGUAAUAAUAUAAAUAUAUUUAACAGCUGCCUUGGCGUCCUUCUGUUAAUCCAUUUGAAUGUAAAAAAUCGAGGACUUUCUUCCAUUGCGCUAAAUUUUCACAACAAAUUAAAAAAGUAUAGUAUUGACAUUUUUUAUGAAGUUUUAUUAUGUGCAUUGAUUGGACUUUACACAGCAUAUAUCAACAACGCAUUGGAAGAAAAAGACCUGUUAUUGUUUAGUACAUCUAUAGCUAGUCGGCUGGGAGUUAAAAUUGUGGAAAAGCAGAAACUCCCCCUCUGUAAAUUUAUCCACUCCUGUGUAAAUUGUGCCCUUAACCUGAAAAAUCAGAAUUCAUUUCUAAAAUAUAUUUUUCCCUAUGCCCAGAAGUUAACUCUAUCCGAAUAUCAAAUUGGCUACCUGAAGAAACAGAUUCUGAAUCUGAUUGAAUCGUACAACACAGCUAACAAUACCCAGAUAAAGUUCGAGAGCAGCAUAUUUGAACAUUUGUUCCUGAUCAUUUGUAAAAAAAGGAAACUGAACGAAGAAUUUAGGGACACCAAUUAUGAGAAUUCCUACAUGAACCUUAACGAAAGUAUCCAUAUGAAUAUAAGCAAAAAUAUUGCCAAACGGAUCAGUGGACAAUCUAAUGCACCUUCUAUAAAAACGAAGAGGAGCUCCCAAGGGGUCAACCUUCACGUUAAUAAGGGGAUGACGCAAAAUGGUUACAAUUCUGAUGGGAGCAAAAGCGACUCUGACUCGGAUACAGAUAAAGAUGCAUCCGUCGAGGAUGUAGCAAUCGGUGCGGAAGAAAUCCGCCAAAAUAAUGUAAAUGAAGAAAGAGAUGAAAAUAAGCACGCUACUAAAAUUAAGGAGGAAGUCCUGCAUGGGGGAGAAAAAUAUGGUGAGGAAGUUGCGAAGGAUAGGCAUAAAGACAGAGCAAGUGCUCCAAACCUGGAGAGCACUGAACCGCGGGGCGAUAAGGGAGACGACUCGGAUUAUGAAAAGACUCCAUCCAACUCAACGCUCAGCAACUUUAUCAGUCAAAAUGAAGAUGAGGACAACGUGUUCCUCAUCGGGGAGGCGAAACGCGUCAGCGCUAACAACGGCAAUAAGGGAGCCAACCAUAAUGAUGAGCAGUACAUGUACGAAAUAAAUUCUAGCCCCAAACCGAUAAGGACAAAAAACAUGACCAAGUUCAAUUUAAUAAGGAAGGAUGACUUGGACUCUAAGGGGAAUAAUGACCGCGAGGACAAGUCUCCAAAUGGAACUCCAAAACAUUCGGAUGAUCGAUCCCUCAACAGCUCCCUAAAUAAUGCCAGCGAUAAGGACAAUGAUGAUGUUUCUAUCAUAUCUGAGAAGAAAGAAAAGUUGAAUUAUCUACAAGAGAACGAUGAUGAUUCUUGUUCUGACAUGAUACCAGGCUUAUCUCCCAUGAAGGCUCGCAAAAAAAAUAAAAGUGAAUUGUCCACCCCCAUUUCGUAUGCCGACGACUUGAUGAAUUUUUGA